AUGGCCGCUAUCGACCUCCUCGCCCUCGAAGCACGACACCAAGUGAUCAAGCGAAGCAACUGGGCCGGCGAGAACCCGGGCGUGGUCCUGGUCUUCUGCAUCGUUUUCAUCGUUGCUGUGGGAAUCAUCGCACUCUUCAUCUACCGAAAAUGCAUGGCACGAAAAGCAGCUAAACAGUCAUAUGAGGUCGAAGCUUGA